UUCUUUCUUUCUUUCCUGUCUAAGCAAAACAUGAUGAGUCGUUUUAUCAAAAUUCUGAUUCCAUAGUCUGCAUUUGCAAAUGCUUACAUUCAGAUGUUGUUGCAAGAAAAGAUAUUGAUAUAUAAGAGAAAAAUUAAGAAAUAUUAGAUAAUUAAUGGCUUCCUUUUCUUCCCAAUUUUCAAAGAAAGCCAUGCGUACACCUGGAGGCUCUAAUGGAUCCCAGGGAAGUCGUUCUUCCAAUGGGCAAACCGUGAAAUUUGCAAGAAGAACUUCCAGUGGCCGUUACAUUAGUCUUUCCAGGGAAGACCUUGAUAUGGAAGGAGACAUAUCUGGUGACUACAUGAACUACACUGUGCAUAUUCCUCCUACACCAGACAAUCAGCCAAUGGACACGUCCGUUGCUGUGAAAGCUGAAGAGCAAUACGUCUCUAAUUCUCUCUUUACUGGGGGAUUCAAUAGCGUAACACGAGCCCAUCUCAUGGACAAGGUUAUAGAAUCUGAAGUCACACAUCCUCAGAUGGCUGGAGCUAAAGGCUCUUCAUGCGCAAUGCCUGCUUGUGAUGGUAAGAUCAUGAAGGAUGAGAGGGGACAUGAUGUGAUCCCUUGUGAAUGCAGGUUCAAAAUUUGCAGGGAUUGCUAUUUGGAUGCUCAAAAGGAGACUGGUUUGUGUCCAGGCUGCAAGGAGCCUUACAGAGUUAAUGGAGACUAUGAUGAUGAUGUUCCAGAUUUUUCUAGUGGAGUACUGCCAUUGCCUGCUCCUAAUAAAGGAGACAACAUGACAAUGAUGAAGAGGAACCAAACUGGAGAUUUCGAUCACAACAGGUGGUUGUUUGAAACACAAGGUACUUACGGCUAUGGUAAUGCCUUUUGGCCUCAAGAUGACAAGUAUGGUGAUGAUGGGGAUGAAGGGCUCAAAGGAGGCAUGGAAGAAAAUACGGAUAAGGCUUGGAAGCCUCUCAGUCGCAAAAUGACAAUGCCAGCAGCUAUUAUGAGUCCUUACAGGUUGUUAAUCCUGGUUCGGUUCGUGGUUCUGGCAUUCUUCCUGAAUUGGAGAGUUAACAAUCCAAAUGAAGAUGCAAGAUGGUUGUGGCUUAUGUCAGUGGUGUGUGAAAUAUGGUUUGCCUUCUCCUGGAUCUUGGAUCAGAUUCCUAAGCUUAGUCCUGUGAAUCGUUCCACUGAUCUUGAUGUUCUUCGAGACAAGUUUGAAAUGCCAUCACCCUCUAACCCCACCGGGCGUUCUGAUCUCCCUGGAAUUGACAUGUUUGUGUCCACUGCUGAUCCUGAGAAAGAGCCACCCCUUGUCACUGCCAAUACUAUUCUUUCAAUUCUGGCAGUUGAUUACCCUGUAGAGAAGGUGUCUUGCUAUAUAUCUGAUGAUGGAGGUGCUCUCCUUACUUUCGAGGCAAUGGCUGAGGCUUGCAGCUUUGCUGAUCUAUGGGUUCCAUUCUGCAAAAAACAUAAUAUUGAACCAAGGAAUCCCGAUACCUACUUCAGCCUAAAAGUUGAUCCAACCAAGAACAAAAGCAGGCCUGAUUUUGUGAAAGACAGGAGACGAAUAAAGAGAGAGUACGAUGAGUUCAAGGUGAGAAUCAAUGGACUUCCAGACUCUAUCAGGAGGAGAUCAGAUGCUUUUAAUGCAAGAGAGGAAAUGAAAAUGUUGAAGCACAUGAGGGAAAGUGGAGCUGACCCUUUGGAGCCUAUAAAGAUUCAAAAGGCCACUUGGAUGGCAGAUGGAACUCAUUGGCCUGGAACUUGGGCCUCCCCUGCUCCUGAACAUUCCAAAGGCGACCAUGCUGGAAUACUACAGGUGAUGCUUAAGCCCCCUAGCCCUGACCCGCUAAUGGGGGGUGCAGAUGACAAGAUCAUAGAUUUCACAGAUGUUGACAUUCGCCUUCCUAUGUUUGUAUACGUCUCGCGUGAAAAGAGACCAGGCUACGACCAUAACAAGAAAGCUGGUGCCAUGAACGCUUUGGUAAGAGCAUCUGCAAUUCUGUCUAAUGGUCCCUUCAUUCUCAACCUGGACUGUGAUCACUAUAUCUACAACUGCAAAGCUGUCAGAGAAGGAAUGUGCUUCAUGAUGGACAGAGGCGGUGAAAACAUUUGCUACAUUCAGUUCCCCCAGAGAUUUGAAGGCAUUGAUCCCUCUGAUCGAUAUGCUAAUCACAAUACUGUGUUUUUCGACGGACAAAUGCGUGCCCUUGAUGGCGUGCAGGGUCCAGUUUAUGUGGGAACUGGUUGCAUGUUCAGAAGGUUUGCAUUGUAUGGAUUUGAACCUCCAAAUCCUGACAAGUAUGAGCAGAAGAAUAAGGAUGGUGCUGAAACUCGUCCACUGACAACAACAGACUUUGAUCCUGAUCUUGAUCUGAAUCUACUACCCAAACGGUUUGGAAAUUCUACAAUGCUUGCAGAGUCUAUACCCAUUGCUGAAUACCUGGGCCGACCCCUAGCUGAUCAUCCUGCUGUCAAGUAUGGACGUCCACCUGGUGCUCUGAGGGUGCCCCGCGAACCGCUUGAUGCCACUACUGUUGCUGAAGCUGUCUCUGCAAUUUCUUGCUGGUACGAGGACAAGACCGAAUGGGGUGAUAGGGUGGGAUGGAUUUAUGGUUCAGUCACAGAAGAUGUGGUGACAGGUUACCGUAUGCACAACCGGGGAUGGCACUCGGUUUAUUGUGUAACCAAGCGUGAUGCAUUUCGUGGAUCAGCUCCGAUUAACCUUACCGAUCGACUCCACCAGGUCCUUCGUUGGGCUACAGGCUCUGUUGAGAUUUUCUUCUCUAGAAACAAUGCCUUUCUCGCCUCUAGGAAGCUCAAAAUACUUCAACGCCUUGCCUAUCUUAACGUAGGCAUCUACCCAUUCACUUCUAUAUUCCUGAUUGUAUAUUGCUUCCUGCCAGCGCUAUCCCUUUUCUCAGGAUUCUUCAUUGUGCAACGUCUUAGCAUUGCAUUUUUAGCCUACCUCCUAACCAUAACUAUUUGCCUCAUCUCGCUUGCUAUCCUCGAGCUAAGAUGGUCCGGUAUAGGGUUGGAGGAAUGGUGGAGGAAUGAACAAUUCUGGCUCAUCUCCGGAACAAGUGCUCACCUCGCGGCUGUUGUGCAAGGCCUUCUCAAGGUGAUAGCAGGGAUUGAAAUUUCUUUCACAUUAACUUCCAAGUCUGCAGGAGAGGACAAUGAUGAUAUUUAUGCAGAAUUGUAUCUGGUAAAGUGGACUUCACUAAUGAUUCCACCAAUUGUCAUUGCAAUGACCAACAUGAUUGCCAUUGGCUUUGCUUUUAUAAGGACAAUUUACAGCACAACUCCACAAUGGAGCAAGUUCAUCGGUGGAGCUUUCUUUAGCUUCUGGGUGUUGGCUCAUCUGUAUCCUUUUGCUAAAGGUUUGAUGGGAAGGAGAGGGAAAACGCCGACGAUUGUGUUUGUUUGGUCUGGUCUCAUUGCAAUCACAAUCUCUUUGCUCUGGAUGGCCAUUAGCCCGCCGUCAGCAAACGCAACGACUGAUAGCAGUGGGGCAGGAUUUCAGUUUCCAUGAGCACAAAACGUCUUGGAUAAUGUAUGUUACUGUCCUUGUAGAUUCAAUUGUAGAAUUGAAGAAAUCAUCGACGUGAGGUCUAAGAAACAAGCAAGUAAAAGAAAUUUUUGCAAUUUUUUUUUCCUUUUUCGUUUAGCUUUCUAAUAUAUGUUGUAAACUAGUAAAAGGGCCAAAAAGAGGCACAGGAAACAGUUGAUUAAUAUUGAAAAAGACAAGUGAAACAUCAAUGUUUAUAAAACAGAACAUUAUGUUAAAUGUACCUGUGAUAGUUUAAUGUAAAAACUAUGGUAAGUGGUUUUUGCAAAGACAAUUGAUAUCAUAUCUCAGUCGAUUAGAACAAAUUUGCAUAGAGAUUGCAAUUUUCCAAACCACCAUUCCCCAACUUCUACACUUAAAAUUUUGAAUGCUUCACACACAUGGUCCACUUAAGUUAAAAUCAGAUAAUUAUCAAGGCUACCAACACUAGAUCUUUUGCUCCAGAUUUGCAUGACCUUGCUGUCUAACUUAUUGGAUAGGGAUAUGACUUCUUAAC